AUGUCGGCGACCAAGGUGACGGCGGGCGGGAUAGCACCGAGCUACAGCUACUUCAAGUUCACGCCGGACAGGAUCUUGGUCACCCCGCCACUCAUUGGUCGACCCGACAUCCUCACCUGGAAGGAGGCCAUCGAGCCUCAGCUGGAGAUGGCCGGGCUGAUCAGCUUUGCCCGUGGCACCGUGGCGACGCCGGAUGACCCCGACCUGCGCGCGGAGUUCCGCGCCGUGCAGCUGUUGACCUUCACGGUCAUCUCGCGGUGCUGCUCGCCGGGCGAACAGAUUGCCUUGAAGUGGUGCCGGGAGUACCUCGACGCCGGCCACCAGGCGUGGCACUUCAUUGAGUCGACCUACCAAGUCACCGACGACUUGUUCAUCGCCCAGUUGGAGGGACAGCUGACGCACCUGCGUAUGGGCGAUGAGGAGACGGCGACCGACUACUGCAACCGGGCCCGGCGAAUUCUCGCCACCAUCAGGAUGGCAGGCGCGCAGUACUCGACGGCGUCGUACGUCACCCACGUCAUGCAGGGUCUCUCGAGCAGCUACAACCUCCUGAAGCGGCUGUUAAUGGCGCCGAGCACGAGGGUGACGCUCAACGAGGACAACUUGACCUCAUACAUCCUGCAGGACGAGGCAAUGCAGGAGGCUGAGCGGUCCCAGGAGCUCUUGGCGCAGUCGAACUUCGUCGCCCCAGCAAAGCAAGGAGGCCGACCGGGGCAGCGCGGAUAUGACUCCGACGACGACGACGCUAAGGGAGGCCGUGGGAGGUCUGGCAGCCGUCGUCCUCGUCGUGGAGGAAACCAGCCGCGCAAGGAGAAGCAGUCGACCAAGACGUCGACUUCGGCGAAGGACGCCGACUCUUCUGCAGGCGGCAAGACGCGGGACGACAAGACGGCGUCGUGCUCGCUGGUCGGCGUCGCGGAGCCGACCGUCUCGCUGGCGCCGGAGGCCGAAGAGGACUUCCAGGCAAUAGCGGCAGCUGUGCAGGCGAACCCGGCGGUGGUCCUGCUCGACAGCGGCUGCUCCCAUCACCUGAUGGGGACGAAGGAAGUCUUCGUCGACCUGCAGCCGAGCGGCUCCAUCAAGCACGUGCGGGGCUUCAAUGGGGCGCUGCAGGACGUCCAGGGCCGCGGCACCGUCGCUCUGCAAGGAGAGGCCGGGAAGCAGGUGCUCAUCCCCGACGUGUUGUACGUCCCGGGUGUGCGAGCCAACCCGCUGUCGUCCGGCCAGCUGAAGGAGCACGGCGUGAAGCUGCAAGAGGACGGAGACGGAAUGCUGCUCGUCUCGGCGGCCGGGGAGGUGCUCGGCCGGGCGACGUACUCCGGGCGGGUCCUCUACACCGACCUGCGUCCCUGCCCCACGAGGUCGACGUCGCCCACGCCGGAGGUUGUGGCCCUGUGGGCGCAAAUCUUGAAUUUCGGAAGAAGAAAGAAAAAAAGAAUUAAGGUCUUUGCUGCCUAA